GCACCAAGCUACGUGAGCUCUUGGAACAGCAUGGUGAUUUUAAAGCAGUUGAGUUGGAAAUUUCGAAGUGGAACAAAACGGUCAACAACUGUGGACAUGAAGGGCAAUGGGUGACGAAGCAAUACUUGAUGGAUGUGGAGAAGUAUACCAGGCAAAUGGCGGACAAGUCGUUUGCUUGGGCCGCAUCUCGUGGCCUUCUACGGAAGAAUGCAGUUCAUGGUGAAGAAGAAGCCCGGUUAGUCCUUAAGGACUACUUUCAGUUCAACAAUGAAAAGGGUUCAAUGCAGACCGCAAAGGCUUCUGGAGAGGUGGAGGACCAAUUCACAAUUCUGUACACGUGUUGUGAUCCAUUUGCACAAAGAACAUAUAGGGUUGCAUGGGGAUCACUGCCUAAACAUGCUUGCAGGAUGCGCAUAAUGGGCUUCUGGACACGGAGGGUCUUGAAGAUCCUACUGUUUCCAAGAUGGUUGAGGGGCAGAACUCAGCCACAUCUGAGCAGGCGGCAGGUGCUGCUGCGAAUGCGGCUGCUGCUGGCAAUGGCAAGCAACUUGUCGAUCUUGCCCUUAGUGGGGAAAAACACGUGUGCGCAUAGGUUUUCUGGAGCAUGUGGAAAGACAGCCCCUAAGGUAUGUCUUGCCAUCUUUAUCGAAGAAUGA